UUUUACACGCCAAAGAUUUCUGGAAGUCUAUGGGCAAGAUGAUUUCACUGUAAUCCAUAUUAGAUCAUAUGUAAACUCUUACUACAAGUCCCAUAAUAUACCUGUUCGUUUCCAUGGAAACAUGUUGUUGUCUCUUUAAUAGGUGCUUAACUACGGCGAAAUACAGCUUUCUAAAUAACUUAAGCUAAAUAGCGUGUUGCUUUUAUACUUUCCCUCAGUUAAUUGGUGAGGGACUCUAUUACAGGUGUGAAUAUGUAUGGAGCUCCGGUGGAUUUAUCUUUCAAACAAAUCAGCAGUUUGGCAGACGCAUGGACAGAGGAACCCAGCACCGUUCUGCGGCCUUUAAAAAGAAACUCACAGAUGAAGUACCUAAGCUGCUCCCUGCGUCUCAAUAACAACAACAUCACUCACAUUCAUGACCUCCACAAGACUGUUAACCACUUCCUGGCUGAGCCAUCGCAGCUCGCCUGGCUGGACCUUUCCUUCAACAAAAUCUCACACAUAGAUCAAGUUUUGUGCGAGCUACAUGAACUGCGUGUGUUAUAUCUGCACGGCAACAACAUUUUUAUUCUGUCAGAGGUGGACAGGCUGGGCGUGCUACCACAUCUACACACCGUCACUCUACAUGGAAAUGUCAUAGAAACCAACAAGGCCUACAGGAAUCGUGUGAUUUCUGCUCUGCCUCAGCUAAAGACGAUGGACUUCAGUGCUGUGACACGCCAGGAGCGAGUCAUGGCGAAGAUUUGGCAAAGCAGCAACAACCGCAGAAGCUGCAAGGAGACUCUCCAGUGACUGCUGACUCGUCUCCACCAGCGUGUGUUGAAGUCAUACUUUCACCAAAAUGUUCUGUGCUCUACAUCCACUCCUGGUAAACAUCUAAAAUAUUAAAAAGAUUC